AUCACCACAGACCUGAGGCAGCGUUGCACAGACAGCCACACUGGAACCUCAGCCUCUGCACCUAUGGCUGCAGGCAUCAUUGCACUGGCACUGGAAGCAAAUCCCUUUCUGACCUGGAGAGACAUACAGCAUAUUAUUGUCCGGACUUCACGUGCAGGACAUCUGAAUGCUAACGACUGGAAAACCAAUGCAGCUGGUUAUAAAGUGAGCCACCUCUAUGGAUUUGGACUCAUGGAUGCUGAAGCAAUGGUGAUAGAAGCAGAAAAGUGGACAACGGUCCCUCCACAGCAUGUGUGUGUGGAGAACACAGAUCGGCAAAUCAAAACAAUACGACCUGACAGCAUUGUCCGUUCAAUUUACAAAGCCACUGGCUGUUCAGAUAAUCCUAACCACCAUGUGAUCUACUUGGAGCAUGUUGUUGUGCGCAUCACUAUUACUCACCCUCGACGUGGAGACUUGGCAAUUUACCUAACCUCUCCCUCUGGAACUAGGUCACAGCUCUUGGCCAACAGGCUAUUUGAUCAUUCCAUGGAAGGAUUCAAAAACUGGGAGUUUAUGACUACUCACUGCUGGAGUGAAAAAGCAGCAGGUGAUUGGAUCUUGGAAAUCUGUGACAGUCCAUCUCAGCUGAGAAAUUUCAAGACUCCAGGCAAGUUGAAAGAAUGGUCCUUAGUACUGUAUGGAACAUCCAUCCAGCCUUACUCACCAAGAAAUGAUCUUCCGAAAGUGGAAAGAGUUCGCUCUAGCCCAGUUGAAGACCCUACAGAAGAUUAUGGAACAGAUGACUAUUCAGGUCCCUGCAAUGCAGAAUGCAGUAAAGUAGGGUGUGAUGGGCCAGGACCAGAUCAUUGUACUGACUGUCUGCACUACUACUACAAAUCUAAGAACAACACACGGAUCUGUGUUUCGACCUGCCCACCUGGUCACUACAAUGCAGACAAGAAACGCUGUAAAAAAUGCUCACCCAAUUGUGAAACCUGUGUUGGAGGCCAUAGUGACCAGUGCAUGACCUGUAAAUCUGGCUACUACCUGAAUGAAGUAACCAAUAGCUGUAUUACCAACUGCCCUGAUGGGUUUUACCUGGAUAAGAAUAAAAUUGUUUGCCGAAAAUGUAGUGAAAACUGUAAGACUUGUGUUGAAUUCCAAAUCUGCACAGAAUGCAAACAUGGCCUAAGUUUGCAUGGCACUAAAUGUGCUAUCCGCUGUGAAGAAGGAAAAUACCAUAAUGGUAGAGAAUGUGAACCAUGUCACCGUUCCUGUGCGACGUGUGCAGGUGCUGGAGGAGAUGCCUGUAUAAACUGCACACAGGGUUAUUUUAUGGAAGAUGGAAAAUGCGUGCAGUCCUGUAGUAGUGGUUAUUACCUUGAUCACUCUACUGAAAGUGGAUACAAAAGCUGCAAAAGAUGCGAUGCCAGCUGUUUGGAUUGCAACGGUCAAGGAGACAGAAACUGUACAAGCUGUCCAAGCGGCUAUAACCUAGACACUGGUGUCUGUGUAGUGGGAACAGUCUGCAAGGAUGGGAAAUAUCUUGAUGAUUCCCAAGAAUGUCAGUUGUGUGAAGCAUCCUGUCAGAAAUGCAUUGGACCUGAGCCAGACAACUGCAUCAGCUGCCCACUCACGAGAGUCUUUGAUGAUGGUCGCUGUGUUAUGCAAUGCCCUAGAGGAAAGUUUGAAUUCAAAGGACAAUGUCAUUUGUGCCAUCAUACCUGCCUGGAUUGCAGUGGAAGUGAACCUAACAAAUGUACUGCUUGUGGAACAGAUAGAAGAGGGACUGAACGUUUCCUGUAUCAUGGAGAGUGCAGGGAGAGCUGUCCUCCAGGUCACUACCAUUCAGAACAUACUUGCGUGGCUUGCUCUGACCACUGCGAGGUAUGCCUGAACUCCAGCCACUGCAAAAGAUGUUUCAGAGGCUACUACUUUGCUCAAAACAUGUGUCAGAAGCAUAGCUGUAGAGAAGGUGAAGUAGAAGAUCCUGACUCUGAAGAUUGCGUACCGUGUUUAGAUGGAUGCCAGAACUGUAAAUUGGAUGACCCAAGAAUCUGUAUAACAUGCAUUCAGAACUAUUAUAUGUACAAGCAGCACUGCUAUAAAUACUGCCCAGAAAAUACCUACAGAGAUGAAAGUUCUCUGCAGUGUAGAGAGUGUCCUAGCAACUGUGAUAGCUGUGACGAGGACAAGUGUGACUCAUGUAAGGAAGGUUUUUAUCUCUCAGGUGGCACGUGUGUGAGUGAGUGUGGAGACGGCUUCUUCACUGAUGACAUCUCUAGAGAAUGUGAACCUUGCCACAGGAGCUGUGCAACAUGUGUUGGGUACAGCUAUGAAGACUGUACUGAGUGCAAAAACAGUUUCCAGUUAUCUCGUGGGCAGUGUCUGAAUCCAAGAAAUUCUCCACCCAAUGGGAAAUACUGGAGUC